UAAAACCCUAAAAAUCACCAAAAUUCACCAGCUCCAUCAAAACAACAAAGUUCACCGCACUGAACUCAACCGCCAGAAAUCGCAGGCGGACUUGACCGCCGUCCGCCCGAAAGACAACAAACUCCGUGAAGUGUUUCUCUAGUCUGGAGGCACAAUGAGAUUGGAGAAAUGUUGGUUUUGUUCUUCGACUGUAUAUCCCGGACAUGGAAUUCAGUUUGUUCGUAACGAUGCAAAGAUUUUUCGGUUUUGUAGAUCAAAAUGCCACAAGAACUUCAAAAUGAAGAGAAAUCCUCGGAAAGUAAAAUGGACCAAGGCAUAUAGGCGAGUUCAUGGAAAGGAUAUGACACAGGAUUCAACCUUUGAGUUUGAGAGAAAGCGAAACAGGCCUGAGAGAUACGACAGGAAUCUUGCUGAGAAUGUACUCAAGGCAAUUCCUAAGAUUGAUAAGAUCAGAGUCAGUAGGGAGGAGAGCCACCAUAAGAACAGGAUGAAAGGCAACAAGGAUAAAGCACGGAGGGAAGCACAGAAGGAAUUGAAGCAGGACAUCGUUUUGAUCACAGAACCUAACUCUACACCAGGCGAUAAGAUCACAGUCAAUGUUACCCAACAACUGCCAGAAGAGAAUCCUCUCAUGGAAGAGUGAUUCUAUCAGUGUUGCACUUUUGUUUGUUUUUGCCAGUUUAAUUUAUGUGGCUGUAUUUGUUUCUUGCAUAAGGCCCAAGUUACCGGUUGCCUUGUGAUUAUUAAUUUAAGUCGAAUGUUGUGGUUUUUGAACGAAAUUUUGAGUAAAUGUUGUGUAACGUCUCUUAGACAAUGGUUAUGUUCUGUGAGAUAGUGAACUGUUCUAAAGAAAUUUUGAUAGAUGUUACUUAAA